AUGAGGUCUCUCCUCAUACCCUGCCUCUUCUUGGCCCCAAUCCUCGCAGCACCAGCACCUUACAUUGUCACAAGUUACGUCGAAGUAUCCGUAUACACCUACAUAGAAGCCGAAACCCUUCUCAGCACCACCUAUACCGAAGAAGUCGAAACAAUCACCCACGGAGUUGUUCCAAAUGCGACUCCCGUCACAAAUGCUAUCGAAACACUCACUGAUACAUCCGCCUAUGCACACGUUACCAUUGUCGAAGUAGUUCUUCCACCCGGUAGCGGUUCCCGACCAACUUCCAGCUAUGAUUACUAUGCGACAACCACUGCUGUUCCAACCAGCUACGUGGUUCCAAUCACCUACACCCCAUACCCCAGCUGUACGGGCACCGCUCAGAACUGGACAUAUGUAACCAACGUCCCGAUCUACAUCCCCAGUAUCGUCGCAAACGCCAUUGAACCUUCGGUCUUCACCACUUCCGUAUCAAAAUAUACCUACUACGAUGAUAGAGUGAGCGCCACGACAUUCGUCAACGCCAUUCUCAAUCCCACCGAUGUGGCCGCCGAUACAUUAGCCAGCGUUGCUGCAGACUACGAACCAUAUUCAAUGAGUUAUUGUUACACACCCACAACAACAUGCACCACCAUUCUCUCAACCGCAACCUGUACUCCCACAUGGAGAUACCCCGGCUACGAUUCCACCUUGAGCGGCAGCGGUAGUUCUACAUACUACGAUUCGUACACCUGCGACGUGUAUUGGUGUGGAGACCGCGCGAUUCUGCUAAUUAUCAUCUGUGUUCCCGUCGGCUGGGUCGUGCUUUGGUUGCUCAUUGGACUUUUCGAAUCCUGGCUUUCGUUCAAGGGGAUCAUGUUGGGGUUGAAUCGCAAACGAGGAGUUCCGUAUGCGUGGUGUUGUAUCUUGAUGCUUUUCCUGUGUUGUACGGGACCCACGUAUAGAGCGAAGAGUGCGGAGGAGCAGGCACGGUUGAAGGCGCAGUGGAAGGAGAUGAGUGCGGGUAAGAAGUUGGCGUUGUGGUUUAAGUGGGGUUUCAGGUGGAAGUAUCCGGAUAUGUUGGGGGAGGAACCGGAGAAAAAUAAGAGAGCUUUUAGAGAGGGAUGUUUGUAG